AUGCAUUUUUCAGAAAAGCAGAAAGAUUCUCCUAGAAAGGGAGGCACUGGCACUUUGGAUCCUCAGAAGUGGGAGAACCUAAGACCAGAUGAAGUCCUAUUUGCAAUAAUUAAGCCCGCCAAACUGCAGCCGAAGAUGAAGGUGAAGAGGGGGUCUGCCGUCAGGGGCUCACUGCCUCCUUCGCCCAUAAAGCAUAACAUGGACAUUGGCACCUGGGACAACAAGGGGCCCUUGCCCAAGGCCCCGGCUCCGCAGCCCCAGUCGGCCCCCCAGGCGGCCCCCCAACCUCAGCUGGCUGUGCAGUCCCUUCCCACCCAGCCUCCCCCUCUGGCCCCACCACAGCAUCCGGGCCCCCAGCAGCCACUCCAGACCCGCUGGGUCACCCCUCCCAACAGAAGCACAGCAUUCGGACAGAGCAGGGGGACCAGCGGCGACAGUAACUGUCCUGGGAGCACCCAGCCCAGCGCCGCCCUGGGCCCAGAGUCCCACCCCGUCCUAGAAAAACUGAAAGCUGCCCACAGCUACAACCCCAAGGAGUUUGACUGGAACCUGAAGAGCGGGCGCGUGUUCAUCAUCAAGAGCUACUCAGAGGAUGACGUGCACCGCUCCAUCAAGUACUCCCUCUGGUGUAGCACGGAGCAUGGCAACCGGCGCCUGGACAGCGCCUUCCGCACCCUUGGCAGCAAGGGGCCCAUCUACCUGCUCUUCAGCAUCAACGGCAGCAGCCACUUCUGCGGGGUGGCUGAGAUGAAGUCACCCAUGGACUACGGCACCAGCGCCGGGGUCUGGUCCCAGGACAAGUGGAAGGGCAAGUUCGACAUGAAGUAGAUCUUUGUCAAGGACAUGCCCAACAACCAGCUCUGGCACAUCCAGCUGGAGAACAAUGACAACAAGCCGGUCACCGACUCUCUUGACACCCAGGAGGUGCCCCUGGAGAAGGCGAAGCAAGUGCUGAAGAUCAUCGCCUCGUACAAGCACACCACCUCCAUCUUCGACGACUUCUCGUGCUAUGAGAAGCGCCAGGAGGAGGAGGAGGUGGUGCGCAAGGAACGGCAGAAUCGAAACAAGCAGUGAGGACGAAGCAGGUUCUGUACCGUCAGACGUGGGGCUGGCGCGGUUGGAGAGUGU